AGCAGGCCAAGCUCUAAAGCAGAUCCGAGGGUGAUCUGGUAGUGACAUCUGCUCCCCAUCCUGCUGAGGGGAGGGUGGCUCCGGCUCAUCUGCUGUCCCCAUCGUCCUCCAUAUCCUGUCUAGCUUUCUCAGCCCCAUCUCAGUCGUGGGAUAGACCUCCACCCAGUCUCGCAGAUGAAGCCCUGGGAGCACCCAUGCCUUUCUGGAUGGAACCAUGGGAGGAUUUUCAUAAAGUACAGGAUUUCAGACAUAGACUGCCAGAGUUUGAAGUGUGAGGAUGGGGGGAUGAGGCCAGCUUCUUUGGUGAAGCCCCAGAGGAGCUGGGUUGCCCCACCCAUAUUCCCAUGAGGCCCCUUUUCCUCCGGGAUUCCCCACCUCCUGGAGGCGGGGCCAGGCUUCUGAGCAGGAUAAAACCCCACACUCGGAGGGGACUGGUGUGGGCACAGCCUUGGCAUGGCUGUCUGGCUCCUCACUCUGCCAGCUCCAUGACCAGCCCGGUGGAUGCAUCUCUGGCAGGCCAUGCCAGUGGGUUGGGUCCCCACCGGAGAAAGAGGACCACCUUCAGCAGAGGGCAGCUGCUGGAGCUGGAGCGAGUGUUUGCAGCACGGCCCUACCCGGACAUCUGCACCCGUGAGCACCUGGCCCGGGUCACCUCUCUUCCUGAGGCCAAGAUACAGGUGUGGUUCCAGAACCGCAGAGCCAAGGGAAUCAAGAAUAGAAAGCCAGGAGGCCUAAGCCCCAGGCCUGAGCCUCCCCAGAGAUCCUGUUCUCUUCCGGACACCAUCCAGCGGUCCCCGGAGCCCUGGACCCUUGGCCAGCCUCCACCCUCCAACAGUACAGCUCAGUGUGCCUCUGUGUGUCGACAUGCUUCCUGCCCAGCUCCUGGCUUGGGUCCAGGCCAGGGGUGGGUGGGGACUAAAGCUGCAGGCCCCUGGGCACCAGCUGGGUCUUCCGGGCCCCACCUCUCUUCUGAGCAAGCUGCUCCCCAGACCUCACUGGGCAUUCUGUCUGACCUCAUCUAUGCCUCAGCCAUAGUCACCAACCUGGACCAUUCCUAA